AGCAUGGUGCUUCACAGAGAGUUCAACUCUGCAGGCCGGGCCCCUGGCCUGCAGGUCUGGAGGAUCGAGAGUCUGGAGCUGGCCCCUUUGCCACAGAGCUCGUACGGAAGCUUCUACAGCGGAGACGCCUACGUGAUCCUCCACACCGUGAGGCAGGGGGACCGCUCGUCCUACUGCUUGCACUACUGGCUCGGAAGGGAGUGCAGCCAGGAUGAGAGCAGUGCGGCUGCCAUAUUCACUGUGCAGCUGGACGACCACCUGGGGGGAAAGCCGGUGCAGUACCGGGAGCUGCAGGGCGCCGAGUCUACCACCUUCACCAGCUACUUCAAGGGAGGGAUCACCUACAAAACAGGAGGCGUGGCCUCAGGUUUCCACCAUGUGGUGACCAAUGAGCUUUCAGCCCGGAGGCUCCUCCACAUCAAGGGACGGCGGGUUGUCAGGGCCUCUCAGGUAGCCCUCAGCUGGACCAGCUUCAACAGCGGGGACUGCUUCAUCGUUGACCUUGGAGAUAGGAUCUACCAGUGGUGUGGGUCCAAGUGCAACAAGUUUGAGAGACUGAAGGCAGCGCAGGUGGCUAGAGGUAUCCGUGACAACGAGAGGAAUGCUCGUGCUCACCUGGAGGUUGUGGAAGAAGGAAGUGAGCCAUCCAGGUUAACUGACGUGCUGGGGGGGAAGCCGGAGCUCUCAGAGGGAGACGCUGAGGACGACUCAGAGGCAGACGUGUCCAACAGGAGGAUGGCCAAACUCUACAUGGUUUCUGAUGCAUCGGGCUGCAUGAAGGUGAGCGUUGUGAAGGAGGAGAACCCAUUCCUUCAGAGCGACCUGCUCUCUGAGGAGUGCUUCAUCCUGGACCAUGGCAGGAACAACAUGAUCUUCGUAUGGAAAGGGCAUAAAGCCAACCCCAGUGAGAGGAAGGAAGCCAUGAGAACAGCAGAGGACUUCAUCAGAGAGAUGGGCUACCCCCCCAACACACAGAUCCAGGUGUUGCCUGAGGGGGGGGAGACUCCCAUGUUCAAGCAGUUCUUCUGCAGCUGGAGGGACUGGGAGCAGAGCGAGGGCUUUGGGAAGGUGUUUGUCACCGAGAGGAUCGCCAGGAUCCAGCAGGUGGAGUUCAAUGCCUCCGAGCUCCACAAGUCCCAUCACAUGGCAGCGCAGUACAACAUGGUGGACGACGGCAGCGGAGACACACAGAUCUGGAGGGUGGAGAGCAGCGGCAGAGUUCCUGUCCUCCGAAAGAGCUACGGGCAUUUCUACGGUGGGGACUGCUACAUCCUCCUGUACACCAGCGGGAGAACACAGGUCAUCUACACCUGGCAGGGGGCCAGUUGCUCUGUGGACGAGCUCACAGCCUCCGCCUUCCUCACCGUGGACCUGGACCAGUCCCUGGGGGGCCGCGCAGUGCAGGUCAGAGUGUUCCAGGGUAAAGAACCCCCACACAUGCUGAGUCUCUUCAAGUCUAAACCCCUCGUUGUAUAUAAGAGUGGGACGUCCCGACUCAGAAGCAGGACCCCCCCGCCCCCCCCUCCUCCAAUCCGACUCUUUCAGGUGCGGCGGAACCUGGGGGCCAUCACCAGAAUCGCUGAGGUGGAGCCCCGGGCCCCCAGCCUGAACUCCAAUGACGCCUUCCUGCUGACGAUGGCUGAUGGGCGGGGCUUCCUGUGGGUGGGCCGAGGGGCGAGUGAGGAAGAGGAGAGAGGAGCGCAGUACAUGAGUGAAGAGCUGAACUGCAGGAGCACAUGCAUCAGGGAGGGGGGGGAGCCAGCGGAGCUGUGGGAAGCGUUGGGGGGGAGGACAGAGUACCAGAGCUCAGAGAGUCAGAGCAUGGCUCACCGCCCCCGCCUGUUUGGAUGCUCCAACAAAACGGGCAGGUUCAUAGUGGAGGAGGUUCCAGGAGAGUUCACUCAGGAGGACCUGGCCGAGGACGAUGUGAUGCUGUUGGAUGUGUGGGACCAGGUGUUCGUCUGGAUUGGGAAGGAUGCCAAUGAAGUGGAGAGGACAGAGUCUGUCAUGUCUGCCAAACGCUACAUCGAGAGCGACCCGAGCGGCCGGGACCCGCAGACCUCUGUGGUGCUGCUGAAACAAGACCACGAACCCCCCACCUUCACAGGCUGGUUCCUGGCCUGGGACCCCUCCUACUGGGAUUCUGUCACCAGGGGCAUGAAGACUAUGCACCUCUAGAUUGUUGGAUGCGGAUCUACCGACGAAACUGAAUGAAACUAAUGACAAUAAAAUAAAUGAAUGUCUUUGAAA